AUGUCCCCGGACCUGUCCACGGUGCUCAGAGAAAGCCCGGAGCGGCUCUUUGAGGCUUUGAAGAGCGAGAUGCCGCGGGCUCUGGCGUGGGAGGAGGAGCGCAGGGUAAGGACUCCUGGCAGGUGCUCCCUCCACCCGCUCGCCGCCGCCCCCCCCCCCCCCCCCCCGGGCCCCGGAGUCCCCGCGCCGCUGAGCGCAGCCUCCCAGCCAGCUGAGUCCCCAUCCCCCCAAGUACAGGCGGCGGCCACGGGUGCCCAGAGCCUCGGGGCACGCCCAGCCCUGAGCUCCUCCUCGGAGCAAUUACAUAAUGGUGCCUCCGGCGCGCGGUGCGUGGCAGCGGCGAGGCCGCCUUUGUUACUGCGAUCCGCCUUGGCAGCGCUCCGCUAG